GCUUGACAGUUCGUGACUAUUUUAUUUGCGAAGGAGAAGGUUAACUUUAGUCCGGAGGUCAUCAUGAACCAACCGGUGCCAGCGGAUGUAUUGCAGCCGAACAAAUUAGCAGAGGUAUUAGAGCAACUCGACGAGUGUUCGUUUCCCCAUUGGUUCGAGGAUUUUGAGAAGAUCGCGAUACGCGGCGUUUCCGUUGAAAUUCCCGAAAACGCGCUCGAAUAUUUACGUGAUGAGAUUGUUGUGUUGCCGAAAGAAUGUUACCCUUCAGAAAACAGCGUAGAUAACAGAAACAAAGUGAUUGACUUAACGACAUUGGAUGCGCUUGACGCGGACGACAAGUCGGAAGAAGAUGAAAUACGCCAACCAGAAUAUCCAGAGUUCAGCAAGCGAAUCACCAAGGCCAUUGCCCAGUUAAAAGGUGGAGUCGCUUUCCUUAAAACAAACUGGCACUGUCCAAAGGAUGCAUUCUGGAUCACGGCUGGGCAAACGUUGCAAGUGAAAGACAUCACAGAUGUGUACCAGCUCCUGAAAGCAUCCAGUAUCGUCAAGCAAGACCUGAACCGCCACGGCUUGCCUGACAGGAUCGUGGAUGUGCCAGAUUCGCAGUUGAUCCACAAAACUACCGAUAAGCACUUCAUUGUCCUCAAGGAGUGGCAUGAGAUCCAUCCGGGGACUGAAUUCCGCUGUUUUGUGCGUCGAAGAAGUCUCAUUGCGAUUUCUCCGCGGGACUGGCCGGCAUAUCACGAGGAUAUUGUCCAACAGAAACGCGACAUCUGCAUGGAUAUCCGCUCAAUAUUUAGGGAGCGCAUUAAAGAGCAGUUUCCGCUGGACAGUUUUGUUUUUGAUGUUGUCCGUGUUGCGAAAGAUGUUGUCUUGUUGGUGGAUUUCUCCCCGUUUAACGAACUGACCACGGACCCGCUUGCUUUCGACUGGAUCGAGCUAAAUGACGAGCGGAUGUUCCUCGAGAAUGAUGAUCCGGAAUUUCGAUAUCUACCUAAUGAUUGUGGCAUACAACCGUCCAAACGUAACAACUACGGAAUCCCCAUCGACAUAAUUGACAUGUUCAAUGGGAACAGUGUUGAUAUCGGAAACUUCCUGCGCGAUGGUCGCCAUAGUGAUAUGUGCUCCCCAGAUGCUCUUUUAUGAAAGACAGGAACUAAGUUAAACUGCAUAAUUACUUUCACAAGUCUAAGCGAUAUCUACAGUUUCUCGAAUUACAUUUAAGGACUAGUUUACUUUAAGGGCAUGGACAAUUCUGAAAUAAAUUUCCACUAUUUGCGUUGAAAAC